AUGCAACCGGUAAAUGCUAGGCCUAGAGUAACAAGUAAUCAACCAACAAAACGGAUUAUUGUAGUAAAGAAUAGUGAAAAAGACAAAAAACCUUGUCCUCAGGACAUUUCAUAUGUAUCGAAUAAUGAGUAUACUCGACCUGUUGCUAUUACACCACCAAUUUCAUAUACAGAACAAACUACUCUCUCUCAGGUACGGCCAGUUGUUUAUCUUCAGGAAACGCAAACUGUUCCAUAUAGGCCUACAUUCUUGUCACCGGAUCGUGUUUUCACUACAUCAUCAUCAGUUCCUGUUAGUUCUGCUAAUCUAGAUACAUCUUCGAUUCCUCUUAAUACUGCACAAUAUUAUUUUGUUUCAGAAAGAUUUCAGUCUCCACAACCACCAGUUCCUGUUAGUUCUGCUAAUCAAUUUAAAACUAUUGUAGGUAGUCUUAUAGAUACACAACGAAUGAGUUAUACAGAACAUGGAAGUAGAAGUACCUACUAUGUGAGAAUAUUACGAGUGACCUAUACAAAAUGUUCUGAGAUAAAUGCACUUCCACCUCCUCUUCAUUUAAAUUGCAAAACUAUUAUUCCUUAUCAAGUAGCUCAUGCUGCAUUUUCUGAAGAAUAUGAAGAUAUGAGAACGGUAAAAGAAAGAUUGACGAGAUGGGUCGUAUUAACAGGGGCUCGUGUAUUGAGUGCAGAAACUGCCGCAAUGAGAUUAAGAACAGGCAAAGAAGCCAGGCAUGGAAUUGAAACCACUUAUACAUAUAAUCGUUCAGAGAUCAAUGAACAUUGGAUUUAUGUUUUUAGAUUAUAUUUGGAUGGUUACUAUGCAGAUCCACCAGCACAUUUGAUGCCACAGCCACCAACACCAGUUUACGAUGAUUGUUGUGUUAUUUUGUAAAUUAGCUACUUUAAAGUAAGUUAGGAAAAAUUAAUUUUGUACAAAAGACCUGAGUAUAUGUAAUAUUUAUAUUAAGUUGAAGUUGUUCUGAAAGCUCUGUUUCAAUAGAUUAAGAAAGUACAGUAGAGCAUCAAUUAUCCGAAUCAGUUGGGGACUGGGGUUGUUCGGAAAAUUGAUUUUCCGAUAACCGAUUAUGUAGGAAAAAAAUAUA